GAUUGGAAACGCAGUCGAAGCGAAACGUAUUUCUCCCUGGUUUAAUUAGGGGCUGAUACACAAGCCCUGAUAAGAAACAUGAGCAACUGUUGGCUCAUACUCGUAGCACUCAUCUAUGGAGUCUCUGGACAGGCUCCGCCGGGUCAACGGAGCAGGUACGAGCCGAAUUGGGCGAGUUUGGAUCAAAGGCCGUUACCUAGAUGGUAUGAUGAGGCAAAGGUGGGCAUAUUUUUGCACUAUGGCGUCUACUCAGUGCCCAGCUUUGGAUCGGAAUGGUUUUGGACCAAUUGGAAAUCUCUGCGAAACCCGGAUUAUAUACGCUACAUGCAACGGAACUAUAAGCCCGACUUUACGUAUCAACAAUUCGCAGAAGAUUUUACCGCGGAGCUUUUCAAUGCCACACAGUGGGCCUUACUCUUCCGAGACAGCGGUGCCAAAUAUGUCGUGUUGACCAGCAAACAUCACGAUGGCUACACGUUGUGGCCCUCGAAAUAUAGCUUCGGCUGGAAUGCAAUGGAUGUGGGACCCCAGCGAGACAUUAUCAAGGAACUGGCAGCAGCUAUACGUAGCUCUACGGAUCUGAAAUUUGGACUGUAUUAUUCCCUAUUCGAGUGGUUCAAUCGCAUGUGGAUCGAUGAUAAGCUGCAUCUGCUGCUCCAACAGCAUUUCGUAGACUUUAAGGUGAGACCGGAGCAAAUAGAGCUGGUAGAAACCUAUUUGCCGGAGAUUAUAUGGUCGGAUGGGGAUUGGGAGGCACCGGCCAAGUACUGGAGAUCGGAGGAAUUUAUUGCAUGGCUUUACAACGAUAGUCCGGUCAAGGAUACGGUGGUGACCAAUGAUCGUUGGGGAUUUGGAACCGCCUGCAUGCAUGGUGACUUUUAUAACUGUGCAGAUCGGUUUAACCCUGGCGUGCUGCAGACCCACAAAUGGGAGAAUGCCUUCACAUUGGAUCGUACCAGUUGGGGACAACGCUUUGAUGUUACUUUAUCCGACUUUAUGAGCUCCAAGGAUGUUAUCAAAGAGAUCGUCACCACCGUCAGCUGCAACGGCAAUGUCCUGAUCAAUGUGGGACCCACCAAAUAUGGCACUAUUCUGCCCAUAUUUGAGGAGCGUCUGCGCGACAUGGGACGCUGGCUGAAGAUCAAUGGCGAGGGCAUCUACAGCAGUUCUCCAUGGAUCUAUCAGAAUGAUACACUGACUCCCAAUGUAUGGUACACCCGAGGUCAGCAGUCUAACAACGCCAGCGUUGUCAUCUACGCCUUUGUUCUGGAGUAUCCCUACGACACCAAUGAGCUGGAUAUUUAUCCGCUUGGCAAGGAAAUUAACAUAUUCCGUAAUGUGCUGCUUACGGGCUUGGACAUGGGCAGCGAUAGCGAUGUGCUCAACAAGGAAACCACUCAGAUUGUUAUGCUGGGCAUGGAGGACACUAAGAUAUCGUGGACGUCAAGUCACAAUAAAGUGCAUAUCGCUUUCCCACCUAAACAUCAUAUCGAUAAGCGCGGGCUGGAUUUCGCUUGGACAUUCAAAAUAACUAUCUUAAAUUAAAUUUAAUUAUUAAAUUUUUUAAUAUUUUAGAGAAGUGACCAACUGUUGCCACGAUUUUAGGGGAAUAAAUUGCUGUUUCUGUCAACUUU